AUGGUGCCUACGCCCCAGGUGUGCGUAUCUACCCUGGUCACGGUGAGCACCAUGGCAGUGGUUGACCUCUACCUGCUGGAGCAGAGCAUGCUGGGAGCCCGUGGCAAGGCCGGGCCCGGCGUGUGGCCGUGCGCUGCUGUGUUGCUAGGUGACCUGGGCUUCCUGCUGGCUCUGCGUUUCGUGUCGGCGGGAGUGGUGUCUGAAGCGCCCUCGCCUCGCCGAGGCUUUGCCAACGCACUCUGGUUCCUCUUCCUGUCCCUGCUCCAGCUCAAACUCUUCUUCGUCUGCCAGAACUACCGGACGGAACGCCGACCGCCCGACCCCCUGGCCAGGAAGACGCUCACCUUGCUGCUGUCAGUCUGCCUGCCCUCCCUGUUCCUCAUCCUGACUGGGGCUGACAACAUGACGCCCCUGAGGAGGAAGCAGGAAGUGCGGGGGAGGCUGCUCUGGGUGGUGGUGGACCUGCUGGAUGUUCUGGACUUGCAGGCCGGGCUGUGGGAAGCGCACACAGGGGCCACUGACCUGGGGGUGCCCCUGUGGGCCGAAGGCCUGGUGUUCUUCUAUUGCUACGCCCUGCUGCUGCUGCUGCCCUGCGUGGCCCUCACAGAGCUGGGGGCUGCAGCCCUGCCGGGACAGAGGGGGCCCCGUAAGGAGGCCCUGUACCCCUGGCUUAGCCUGGUCACCAUCAACGUGUUCACAAUGGCCCUCAGGGGCACAGGCAUGCUGUGGUACAGGGACCCCCGGGUCUCGACAGUGUUCCUGGGGAAGAACCUGCUGGCCCUGGCUGUGAAGCUGAGCUCUGCCUGGGAGAGGCACAAGCAAGGUGGGAGCAGGGGGACAGGGAUGGGGGCCGGGGCGGGAGUAGAGUCAAGUAUGGACUCCACCCUGGCAACCCAGAGCUCAGAGCAGACAGAAGUCCAAGCCCAAGCCAAAACCACCCCCAGGCCACCCUCUCGCAACCACACAAUGUCCCGCUCCCACAGCCACUCCGUGUCACACGUCAGUCUGGAUCCCACAGAGACCUCUCUGGGCCCUUCCUUCAUCUCCCAUGAACUCUAG